CUAUUUUCAUUCAUGUCAGAAACAAGGGAUGAUUGAACACUGUCAGGUUACUGUCGGCACUUACUCGAAACUGAAAAACCAUAAAAUCAUCAAAAUAAUUUUAAAAAAUUGCAAAAUCUUCAAUUCUCAGUAAAUGCAUUCACACUUCAACUCCUCCUCCUAGUAAUCUGAUCGAUAAUCACAGUUUCGCUUGUAGUUGUUUCGAAAUCGGGAGCUUCGAAUGCUAGAAAUGUGCUUCCGCUUUUUCUUGAAUCGUUUCCAGGAAGAUAGGUGUUUGGAUUUGGAUGGAAGGCAGAACUGCAAACUAUCACGAGAGUGAUAAAUACUAGCAACUGUAAUACUUCUAACGUGUACUAUUAUGGCGUCUGCCAGCCUAGGAAAUGGAGGGGUUGGAAGUUCUAGGUCUGUUAAUGGGUUCAAGAGUUCUUCAUCAAGUUCUGUUGAUUGGCUGGGGAGAGAGAUGCUUGAGAUGAGAUUGAGGGACAAGACAGACCAUGAUGAAGACAGAGAUAGUGAACCAGAUAUAAUUGAUGGUGUGGGUGCAGAAGCAGGACAUGUCAUAAGAACAACUAUUGGUGGUCGAAACGGUCCUAGACAGACAAGAAGUUAUAUAGCAGAGCACGUGGUUGGAACAGGUUCUUUCGGUGUUGUCUUCCAAGCUAAAUGCCGGGAAACCGGAGAAAUUGUUGCCAUCAAGAAAGUUCUUCAAGACAAGCGUUACAAGAACAGAGAGUUACAGAUUAUGCAGAUGUUAGAUCAUCCAAAUAUCGUUUCCCUUGAGCAUUGUUUCUUUUCAACAACUGACAAGGAAGAGCUUUACCUAAAUCUGGUACUUGAAUAUGUUCCUGAAACUGUCAAUCGUAUUGCAAGGAACUACAGCAGGAUCCACCAAAGGAUGCCUUUGAUAUACGUUAAACUCUAUACAUAUCAGAUCUGUAGGGCACUCGCUUAUAUACAUAAUUGCAUUGGAAUUUGUCACCGUGAUAUCAAGCCUCAGAAUUUACUGGUGAAUCCAAGCACACAUCAACUGAAACUUUGUGAUUUUGGUAGUGCCAAAGUGCUGGUGAAAGGAGAACCCAAUGUUUCUUACAUCUGCUCAAGGUACUAUCGUGCUCCAGAACUAAUAUUUGGCGCUACUGAAUACACCACUGCCAUUGAUAUAUGGUCUACAGGUUGUGUGAUGGCCGAGUUGCUACUUGGGCAGCCUUUGUUUCCUGGUGAAAGUGGAGUUGACCAACUAGUUGAGAUCAUCAAGGUUUUGGGAACUCCAACAAGGGAGGAGAUAAAGUGCAUGAAUCCAAACUACACCGAAUUUAAGUUUCCGCAAAUAAAGCCUCACCCAUGGCACAAGGUCUUCCAAAAGCGUUUACCCCCAGAAGCAGUGGACCUUGUCUGUCGGUUUUUUCAGUACUCUCCCAAUUUGAGAUGCACUGCUUUGGAAGCUUGUGUGCACCCUUUCUUUGAUGAACUGAGAAAUCCAGAGACUCGACUUCCCAAUGGCCGUCCUCUCCCUCCAUUAUUUAAUUUUAAACCUCAAGAGCUUUCAGGCAUACCACCAGACAUCGUCAAUCGACUUAUUCCGGAGCAUGCGCGUCAUCGUCGCAACUGAAUCGGAUAUAAUUGCUAAACCAGGACCGAAUCUUCAGAUAUUGUGGUUCGCUAGUAUCUCGGACGGCUCCAUCUCUUCUUAUACGGGUGGAUCUCUUCUUAUACGGGUGGGCCUGUACCAAGACCGAACUCUCAAAUAUUGUGAUUCACUAAUAUCUCGAGUGGCUUUUCUAACUCAAACUUAUGUAACUAACUUUUGAAUGCACUUUUCAUUAGUUAAUCCAAAUUAUUAGUAGUUUCGUGCUAACUAUUAUAUAUAAUUUUAAUUUACUGUAUUUUGUUGCACUGAUUAAUUUAUUGUAUU